GCCCUCGCGCUCACCUCCCGAUAGCGGCGCGUAAACUCAACGGCGGUGUUGUUGUUAGCAACCACCGGCUAAAGGUAGUGGAAAAGCUAACGUCAGUUAACCAAGAGAGCUAACUGCACAUUUUCGUUCGUCUCAUUCGUCGGGACAGAAGAAGUACAUUUCACUCACUUGUCUCGUUGUCCUUGUAGCAGGAAAGAUGUCUUCGUCCCCGUCUGAUCCAACUCUAGAAAGACAUUUCAAGGGCCACAGGGACAAUGUUACAAGCGUGGACUUCAACUGCAACAUGAAACAAAUUGCCACAGGCUCUAUGGACUCCUGUGUGAUGAUAUGGAACAUGAAAACUCAGAUGCGAGCGUAUCGUUUUGAGGGACACAAAGACGCCGUCCUCUCUGUUCAGUUCUCUCCGUCCGGCCACCUGGUGGCCUCUGCCUCCAGAGACAAGACUGUUCGUCUUUGGGUGCCCAGCAUGAAGGCUGAAUCGACCGCUUUCAGGGCUCACACGGCCACCGUGCGCAGUGUUAACUUCUCUGGUGAUGGACAGAAUCUGGUCACGGCCUCCGACGACAAGACCAUCAAAGUGUGGACCGUCCACAGGCAAAAGUUUCUCCUCUCUCUCAACCAGCACAUCAACUGGGUCCGUUCUGCAAAAUUUUCUCCAGACGAUCGCUUGAUUGUGUCGUCCAGUGAUGAUAAGACAAUAAAGCUGUGGGACAAGAAUAGCAGAGAGUGCAUUCAUUCUUUCUAUGAGCAUUCUGGUUAUGCAAACUAUGUGGACUUCCAUCCAAGUGGAACUUGCAUCGCUGCAGCCUGUACUGACAACUCUGUGAAGGUGUGGGACAUCCGGUCACAUAAGAUGCUGCAGCACUACCAAGUCCACAGCGGUGCGGUGAACAGUUUGUCGUUCCACCCGGCCGGUAAUUUCCUCAUAACUGCGUCGAGCGAUUUCACAAUGAAGAUACUGGACCUUCUGGAGGGGAAGCUGCUGUACACGCUGCACGGACACCAGGGUCGAGUGAGCGCAGUUGCCUUCUCCAGGACGGGGGAGUACUUUGCCUCCGGAGGUUCUGAUGAACAGGUAAUGGUGUGGAAGAGCAACUUUGACUCUGCGGAGGACGGUGACGGCGUCAGGCUGCAGCAUCAAACUACUUCCAGCUUGCACCCACUAGCAUCCAGCUGCAAGGCUCAGCCCUCCAUCAGCUUGCAUCCGUGCGCGCUGCGCCGCGAGGCUUCUGAACCAUCUGAACAUUUUAAUGGACGGGACUCCCACGCCGCCGCCCACACGCAGAGCGCCAGUCGCAGUGUCAGCCACAGCACAGCGACUCCUCCCCACGCCCACGGACCCCUCGGCAGCGCCGCCUCCUCCUCCGCCCAGCGGCCUCCGAGCCGCGUUUCAACACAGCACCCCCUCCGGGUCGCAGGGACGCCGGGGGGAGGAGUCCCCCCUGGUUUAGCCAGCACCCUGGAACACAUCGUAGGCCAGCUGGAUGUUCUCACUCAGACGGUUUCGAUCUUGGAGCAGCGUCUGACGCUGACGGAGGACAAGCUCCAGGAGUGUUUGGAGAACCAGAUGGAGAUCGGUCUGCAUCUCCAGAGACCAGAGGAGGCCUAAAGAUGGCCGCCCCCCAGAGAGAGGCGGAGCCGCGGCACGAGGGGGGGGAAACGGGGGUCGCACCGACCACAUUAACGGAAACACGUUUGCAGUACUUGCUGCUGCUGCUGCUGCUGCUGUUGUUGUUGUUGUGGGAAUCACACUUCAAAUGUGCAACGCUUUCCCGCCCGGACUUGAAGUGCACUCGGGCCUCGCUGCUGACGCACGGUGCCGGCUGGAUUUACAAAGAGAUAUCAGGAGUGAAGGAGUUGAAUAUCAGAGAAGUUGUUAUUCCCCAGGAGUGCUGAGGCCGCAGUCCCCUUUUCUGCUGACAAAGGACCCGCUGCUACAAGUCACUGUGUGUGUGUGUGUUUGAUGGGUGCCUGUUCUAAAGUAUAGACACACGCAAGAGACUUUCAUACUUGCCGUCGCACUACACGUGUGGGCGUUAUUUUCAUGCACGUGCAGGAUCACGUUGAACGGCAUCUGAAGGAAUUGUUGUUUGUUUGUUUGUUUUUAGUCAAAAACCACAGAGCGGGUUAACGGUGAUCACGGGAAGUCCGUAAGUUACACACACUCAUUGUUUUAGACGCACAGGAAUCCUGUUCAUAUGUUGCAGAAAGAGGAGGAACAGGAAACCCGCGUUUGACCUUAUUGACUGUUCAUGUUUGUUUACUGCGGAUCAUUUGUAGAAGCGCUGCAGGAAGUUGAACUGGUGCAUCCUCAGUAAAUACUCACUAGUGCAGCGAAUGAGUGUGAACCCGGGCCUGAAGGUAUGCUGUAACCAAUGCACCGUUGUCCUUUUUAUUAAAAUCUACAUCACUUUGCCGUUUAAGAAGCGUAUGUUGAAAUUGAACAUGCAUGUUGGAUAUGUAUAUAUUUGAGUCCGGUUUCUAAGGGUUUGACACUGGGAACCAAUCGGCUCACGGCUGAGAACCACAGGCGGAUGAAAGUCAGAAAGUAUAGAGAGAUGCACCCACACAUUGUUGUAUUGUUAACAACGAAAUACAAUUUUAAAUAAAAGGUAGGAUAUACUUCAAAUUGAAAAUAAGGUAUUUUUUGGGGAUUAUCAGCGCAGGAUGGCUGAUUGUAAUUACUGCAGUUUGUAAGGUAUAUGUCUAGUUGAAUCCCUUUGAUAUACUUUGAAUAUUUUAUUCGUUGGAAGUAGAUUACAGUGUACUGGGUUGAUAAAUAUUCUCAACGGUUAUCUGUGAAAUAAGUCGAUGAAUGUGAAUGCGGUUGCUCUUACACAACACUGAGCUCUUUUUGUGCAACGAGGGAAAUCGUUUGUUUUCAUAAUCGUUGCCAAAUGGAUGAUGUCACCGGGUUACUUUUUAAAGGGACAGUUUCCUGCUCUGGUCCACGGAGCUCAAGGGGUUUCCCGAGAAAUCGUGACUUUUCCGUCUUUAUUGUCCUCAGCAGAGAUGUUCAGUUCACCAGUUGUCUGUUUUCAACCCUUCCUUUGCCAUGUUGUGAGUGACUAUCGACUACAAACACAUGGAGGUGUAAGGCUAAAUACACCUGCCCUGCUUGUAUCCAGAAUCCUUAAGUCCCCCCCCUGAGUAAUUUACGUAACCUGACCACUAAUGCUGGAUAAGUACUUUUAUUUUUAGACGCUCAAUGAAAAGGAGCCCGAGGCCGCGCUCGGCUGCUCGCUGUGCGGAUUCAUCGGGGGCCAUAAAAGACCUUUUCAUUCAUCAGACUUUUUUUUUUUUUUUUAUUGAACAAACUGGUACUAUGUUUACGCAGUGCCAGUAUAGUGAAUCAUACUGGGUCCUAUUGUGGAGGUCUCAGAGAACAGUGCGCCGCCACUAAGAGGGGAAAAUAUUGACCACUGUUUCUUUAAGGCGCGCGGAUGGAAAAAGAAGAAAAAACAAAACCGGAAUUCUGGAGCUGUUUCUGCCGGGCCCACUCUCUUCCUUCCUGUCUGGGGCCCGAGGACACGCACAAACACAGACACACACACACACACACACACACACACACACACACACUCUUGCCAGAGAAAACGGCUCCCUUCACUAUGGGCCUCAACCAGACGGCCUGCCAGGAGCUCUAGAGGAGGAGAGGAGGGGCUGAAGUGGGUUCAAUAGCUGCGAGUCGUUUGUGUGUUUGUGGGGAGCAGUUUUAAACCUUUGGUAGUGACGACAUUUCUUCAAAGCGAAGAACUCAAUAGCUAGAAUAAUAUAAUAGAUACUCACAGGAUUGUUUCAGUCUUAAAGUGACGAGAGUUGAAAUGAUGCGUCGGUUAGAGACGACUCGGUUAAUCAAUUGAGAGAAAACGAAUCCGUGGUAACUUUUCCACUUUAACGAUUUGUUGCUUUUCUUCUCUUCAGUUGAUUGGGAAGUGAAAAUGCUGUGAAACAAAACGAUACAUUUAAAGACGUCAAAUUGAACUCA